UCAUGGGGACCCAUCGCCUCUUUCCACAGAAUUGAGGCAGCAAAAGUGAAAAUCAGUAGAAAAAAAAGAAUCGCAGGAAGAUGUUGAGGGUUGCAGCAAAGAGGUUGUCUUCUCUGUCAUCGUCUUCAUGGAGAGCUAACCAUGCCGCCUCUGCCUUCAUCUCUCGGAACCCCAUCGCCCCUCACUAUGACUCCCACGAUCGCGGAUCCGCUCCCCAACCCCAAUUCUUUCUCCCAUUCCGAGGUUUUGCUACUGGAUUGCCAGUCCAUGCAAACGAAAACAGCAUUAUUCCUGAAAUUCCAGCAACUGUCGCUGCUGUAAAAAACCCUUCCUCUAAGAUCGUAUACGAUGAACACAAUCAUGAACGAUAUCCUCCUGGUGACCCAAGCAAGAGGGCAUUUGCCUACUUUGUCCUAACAGGUGGCAGAUUUGUCUAUGCCUCUCUGGUGCGUCUCCUUAUCCUCAAGUUUGUGCUCAGUAUGUCGGCGAGUAAGGAUGUUCUUGCUCUGGCUUCACUUGAAGUUGAUCUCUCCAGCAUUGAGCCAGGCACCACUGUGACUGUUAAGUGGCGUGGAAAGCCUGUGUUCAUCAGGCGUAGGACGGAAGAUGAUAUUAAGCUGGCAAACAGUGUUGACGUUGGAUCUCUUCGCGAUCCCCAGCAGGAUGCAGAGAGAGUCAAGAACCCUGAGUGGCUCAUUGUGAUUGGGGUUUGCACACAUUUGGGUUGUAUCCCCUUGCCAAAUGCUGGUGACUUUGGUGGCUGGUUUUGCCCCUGUCAUGGUUCACAUUAUGAUAUAUCUGGCAGAAUUAGGAAGGGACCAGCGCCAUACAAUCUGGAGGUACCAACAUAUACUUUCUUGGAAGAGAACAAGUUGUUAAUUGGUUGAAAGACACAGGAUACUACCUACUGAACCGGUUUACAAUAAUUUUUUUAAUUUAUUUGAUAAUGUCGAAAUGCGGCGUGGAUAUCUCUUCUUCUCGAGUACUUAUUUGGUUUGUUUAGCAAGUGUUUAUGCAGCACAGAGAUUUCUGUUUCUGUCAUAUGCUUUUCUUUUUGCUUGUCAUAUGCUUUCAUUAGUUGAUGAUUUCAGGAGCUUUGUAUAAUUAUAAAAUUCUGCUGAAGCAGUAAAAUUUAAGGAUUUUGACUAAUGCGAAUCAAGUUCUUUUAGUCACUGUA